CUAUAGUCUGGGAUCAUGAGGCCAAUAAUAAGCAACUGUUGGACUUUAUUUGCAAUCGCUGCUUUUUUCUUUACGAUUGUUUGCCCUGAAAGUGCCGCUAACACGGACACUGGAAAUGAUCUCACAAAAUCGACAAAGACAAAAAGAGACGUCGCAGAUGCCGCCAGGAACAACCAAGAGUUGGAAUAUGGACUUUAUAAACUUUUGUCGGACCCCGUUGGAGAAAAGGGUGAUCCGCUUAUAUCAACAUUAUUAAAUCUUAUUCGAGAUGAAAUUAAAAAUGGAAAUGGCGGCAAAUUCAUUGACUCAAUGAAACGAGGCAGUGACCCGAGUUUCAAUCCUACAGGCUGGAAGCGCAAACGCUCUGUCGACGAUUUCAACCAUUACGUUGGCCUUGAAAUUGCUUUACAAAAUAUUCAAAACAUUUUAGACCAGUAUAGUAAUUCCGAUAGCAUGAUGGAAAGACCAAUCCGAGCAAAACCAGCAUUCAAUCCAACUGGAUGGCGGAAAAGGCGCGAUUUACGACUACCAGAGAAUUAUGGCUUGCUCUCUGGUUUACGGCGGUAUUUAAAACCACGGCCGAUGACGAGGGGUGGGGACAAGCCAAACGUAAAUCCAACCGGAUGGAAUCGUGAUAAGGACUAUUUCGUGAGUUUGUGGCUUUAAUCCACUCAAUUGGGGAGGACGAGUGUAAACCAAAACAGCCUAGUGACGUCACGACAAGGGGUGAAUCAACAGAACAUUGCGAUAGAUUGCUGAGAACCGGUUACUGUUCUUAUCCCGCAGUAAGAAACUACAGGCAGGUCUACCAGUUUGGCGUUUGGCGUUGGAAUUAUAUAAAAGAGAUUGGUCACCACCCGCCAUUAUAUUGUUGAUCAUCAUCAUUUACAUGCAGUUUUGCCCCAGUUUUGCCUCAAGUUGCUGUCACCCCCUCCCCCAUUAUACGUCUCUUUUCCUGGAGAAGAUUGAGAGGGGAGCGAGUUCAGAGAUUCGAUGCAAGACAAAUUAUUAUCAACACAUCGAGUGAAAUUAGAGGACAUACAGGACAUUGACCAGUAUUUUAUGAAUUGUUUAUUUUCCUUUAUAUUCUCAAGCAUGUCGUAUGAGAAGACAAAAUACAUUAAGAAGUUGUAACGGUUCAAA